CACUGUCCAGGCCUCAGACUUUGGGCAGGGAGGGGGAAAUCUCAGCCUGAGCCCUCCCUUCACCCUGCCCCCCCCCCCAGCAAUGGCCUGAGCCCCCAUGGCUGCCCCUCAGGACCUGGACAUCUCUGUGUGGCUGGCUGCGGUACAUCUGGAGCAGUAUACAGACACGUUCCGGCAGCAUGGCCUGGCUACGGCAAGUGCAGCCCAACAUCUGGGCCACAAGGAGCUGAGGCAGUUGGGCAUCAACGCCACUGGGCACCGGAAACGCAUCCUGCGCCUGCUGCAGGCAGGCACUGCAGAGGGCUCCCUGGAUCCCAAACUGGAUAGUACCAUGGAGCCAUCCCCAAGCCCAGUCCCUCGAGCCCAGCCCCUCAAGCCUGUACCCAAACCCAGGACAGUGUUUAGUGGGCUCAGUGGCCCUACUACCACCCAGAGGCCUGGGAUGAACCCACCCUUCUGGGGACCAGAAGAGUCCAAGAGUUCAGAGUCCAGCCCAAGUUCCCCUCCUCCCCCUACAUCCUCUUCUGAGAGUUCAGCCCUGAAUACCGUGGAGAUGAUGCCCAAUGCCAUCUAUUUCGGUUUGGACUUAAGAGGCGGGACACAAGCAGCUCAAGUCACGCCUACAACAGGCACAGUGCACAUUAUGGAUCCAGGUUGCCUGUACUAUGGUGUUCAGCCUGUAGGUGUUCCAAGUGGCCCCAACAGAAGAGAGGGCAGAGGUGUCUGCCAAGACAGGGCUGAAUCCAGGCUCAGCAGGCAGGAUCUGGAAGCACGGGAAGAUGCUGGCUAUGCCAGUCUGGAGCUACCUGGGGAUUCCACUCUCUCGCUACCCACCCUGGACCCUGAGACCAAUGAUGACCUCAUUUCACCCUAUGCCAGCUUCUCCUCCACAGCAGACCGCCCCAUGCCCCUGCUCAGUAGCUGGCUAGAUAAGCUCUCACCUCAGGGAAACUAUGUCUUCCAGAGACGCUUUGUGCAGUUCAAUGGGAAGAGCCUGAUGUACUUUGGCAGUGACAAGGAUCCUUUCCCCAAGGGUGUGAUUCCCCUGACUGCCAUUGAGAUGACCCGAAGCAGCAAAGACAACAAGUUCCAGGUCAUUACCGGCCAGAGGGUGUUCGUGUUCCGCACUGAGAAUGAGGCUCAGCGGGACAUGUGGUGCUCCACGUUGCAAACCUGCCUAAAGGAACAGCGCCUUCUGGGCCAUCCCCGGCCCCCACCUCCACCACGACCCCUCCGCACAGGCAUGCUGGAGCUGCGUGGACAUAAGGCCAAGGUGUUUGCUGCCUUGAGCCCAGGAGAGCUGGCACUGUACAAGAGUGAGCAGGCAUUCUCUCUGGGCAUUGGGAUCUGUUUCAUUGAACUGCAAGGAUGCAGUGUCCGGGAGAUCAAGAGUCGAAGCUUUGACCUGCUCACACCCCUUCGCUGCUUCAGCUUCACAGCCGAAUCUGGGGGGGCUCGGCAGAGCUGGGCAGCCGCUCUGCAGGAAGCAGUAACCGAGACCCUGUCUGACUACGAGGUGGCUGAGAAGAUCUGGUCAAAUCGGGCAAACCGGCACUGUGCGGACUGUGGGGCCUCCCGCCCAGACUGGGCUGCUGUCAACCUGGGGGUGGUCAUCUGUAAGCAGUGUGCAGGUCAGCACCGGGCCCUGGGCUCUGGGAUCUCCAAGGUGCAGAGCCUGAAGCUAGACACAAGUGUCUGGAGUAAUGAAAUAGUACAGUUGUUUAUUGUCCUGGGAAACAAUCGUGCCAACCGCUUCUGGGCAUGGGCAUUACCUGCUGGUGAGGGCCUGCAUCCUGAUUCGACCCCUGGCCACAGGGGAGAGUUCAUUUCCCGAAAGUACCGGCUAGGUCUCUUCCGGAAGCCCCAUCCUCAGCAUCCAGAUCAUAACCAGCUUCUCCAGGCACUGUGUGCAGCUGUGGCAGGACCCAACUUAUUGAAGACCAUGACCCAGCUUCUCUGUGUGGAUGCUUCUGAAGUUGAGGAGCCCUGGUCCCCUUCAGCACUUGAUGGCAGCUUUCCUGGCCUUCUACCCUCAGACCCUUCUCCUGGUGUCUACAAUGAAGUGGUGGUACCUGCCACUUACAGCAGCUUUUUGUACUGUGGUCCCAUCAGCAACAAGGCUGGGCCUCCACCUCCUCGCAAGGGCCGAGAUGCUCCUCCUCGCCUGUGGUGUGUGCUGGGAGCUGCACUGGAAAUGUUUGCUUCUGAGAGCAGCCCUGAGCCCCUCAGCCUCAUUCAGCCCCAGGAUGUUGUAUGUCUGGGGGUGAGUCCCCCACCCUCAGACUCGGGUGACCUUGACAGGAUCCCCUUUUCCUUUGAGCUCAUCCUCACUGGAGGGAGGAUCCAGCAUUUUGGCACAGAUGGAGCAGACAGUCUGGAGGCCUGGAUCAGUGCAGUGGGGAAGUGGUUUUCCCCACUCAGCUGUCACCAGCUGCUGGGCCCAGGACUGCUGCGGCUGGGCCGCCUGUGCCUGCGGUCCCCCUCCCAUACAGCCCUGGCCCCUGGACUUUGGCUAUCAGCGUUUGGCCUUCUUCGUGGUGACCACCUCUUCCUGUGUCCAGCACCAGGCCCUGGCCCACCAGCCCCUGAGGACAUGGUGCAUUUACGUCGGCUGCAGGAGAUCAGUGUGGUCUCUGCAGCUGACACCCCAGACAAAAAGGAACAUUUGGUCUUGGUAGAGACAGGAAGGACCCUGUAUCUGCAGGGGGAGGGUCGGCUAGACUUCUCGGCAUGGAAUGCAGCCAUUGGAGGUGCCGCUGGUGGGGGAGGCACAGGACUUCAGGAGCAGCAGAUGAGCCGGGGUGACAUCCCCAUCAUUGUGGACGCCUGCAUCAGUUUUGUCACCCAGCAUGGGCUCAGACUGGAAGGUGUAUAUCGGAAAGGGGGCGCUCGGGCCCGUAGCCUACGACUCCUUGCUGACUUCCGGCGGGAUGCCCGGUCUGUGAAACUCCGGCCCGGGGAACACUUUGUGGAAGAUGUUACUGACACCCUCAAACGUUUCUUUCGAGAGCUUGAUGACCCUGUGACCUCUGCUCGAUUACUGCCUCGCUGGAGAGAGGCUGCUGAGCUUCCCCAAAAGAAUCAACGCUUGGAGAAGUAUAAAGAAGUGAUUAGCUGCCUGCCUCGGGUCAAUCGCCGUACACUGGCUACCCUCAUUGGGCAUCUCUAUCGGGUACAGAAAUGUGCAGCUUUAAACCAGAUGUGCACACGGAACCUGGCCCUUCUGUUUGCACCCAGUGUAUUCCAGACAGAUGGACGAGGGGAGCAUGAGGUUCGGGUGUUGCAGGAGCUCAUUGAUGGCUAUGUCUCUGUCUUUGAUAUUGAUUCUGAUCAGGUAGCUCAGAUUGAUUUGGAGGUCAGUCUCAUCACUACCUGGAAGGAUGUGCAGCUAUCUCAGGCUGGAGACCUCAUCAUGGAGGUUUACAUAGAGCAACAGCUCCCAGACAACUGUGUCACCCUGAAGGUGUCCCCAACACUGACUGCUGAGGAGCUGACUAACCAGGUACUGGAGAUGCGGGGAACAGCAGCAGGGACGGACUUGUGGAUGACGUUUGAGAUUCUUGAGCAUGGAGAGCUUGAGCGGCCACUGCACCCUAAGGAGAAGGUCCUAGAGCAGGCCCUACAAUGGUGCCAGCUUCCAGAGCCCUGCUCAGCCUCUCUGCUCCUAAGGAAAGUCUCCCUGGCCCAGGCUGGCUGCCUCUUCACCGGAGUCCGACGUGAGAGUCCACGGGUAGGACUAUUACGGUGUCGUGAGGAGCCUCCCCCUUUGCUGGGAAGCCGCUUCCAGGAGAGGUUCUUUCUGUUACGUGGUCAAUGCCUGUUGCUGCUCAAAGAGAAGAAGAGCUCUAAACCAGAACGUGAAUGGCCACUGGAAGGUGCCAAAGUCUACCUGGGAAUCCGUAAGAAGUUAAAACCUCCAACACCGUGGGGCUUCACUUUGAUACUGGAGAAGAUGCACCUCUACUUGUCUUGCACUGAUGCCAAUGAGAUGUGGGAUUGGACCACCAGCAUCCUUAAAGCCCAGCACGAUGACCAGCAGCCAGUGGUCUUACGACGCCGCUCCUCCUCUGACCUCGCUAGGCAGAAGUUUGGCACUAUGCCUUUGCUACCCAUCCGUGGAGAUGACAGUGGAGCCACCCUCCUCUCUGCCAACCAGACCCUGCGGCGACUACAUAACCGGAGGACCCUGUCCAUGUUCUUUCCGAUGAAGUCAUCCCAGGGUUCUGUGGAAGAGCAAGAAGAGCUGGAGGAGGAGCCUGUGUAUGAAGAGCCAGUAUAUGAAGAGGUGGGGGCCUUCUCUGAGCUUACCAAGGACACCUCGACCUUCUUAACCAUAUCAGAGUGGACCACUGACUCAGAGACCCCACACACUAACCAGACGUCCAUUGAUCAAAUCCCCCUCUCCAAGGCAAGCAAUUGGGAGGAAAGACCACCUGACCUUCCUCCUGGACUCCCUUCAAGGAGUAGUCCCCAGACACGGGGGUCCCUGGAGGAACAGCUGCUCCAGGAGCUGAACAGCCUCAUCCUGAGGAAAGAGGAGACUUCUUCAGGCCCAGGAAGCCCUACUCAGCCAUCCAGCUCCAAUACCCCCAGCCCCACUGAGCUUCCAACACAGACACCCAGAUUUCCCACCCAACCUUCCUCUACUUCUAGUCCACCCUCCAGCCAGCCCCUCACAUGACCAGCAUUGAGGGGGAGGUACCUUGAGGAUUCAGGCUGUCACAAUGGUAGACACUGCUGGAGCUUCCUUUGCGUGGCUAGAAAGACUCCAAAAUACAAAAUCUAGCAUGGUGCUGUGGAACGAGCACUAGUCUAAGGCUCCUAGAAGCUGUGUGUCUCAGGGAAGGUAAUGGCUCUUCUCUGGGCCCCAAAAAUCUGUGCUGUGAAGCCAGGAGGGUGAUGAAUAUCAAACUGUGUUUCUUAGCACUGUAAGGCCCCACAUUCUUUCUUCAACAAGGCAGCUCCUACUUUACAUAUUUGGUAUGUAGGGGUUCUGUGAGAAGUUUGUGUCGAAGGGUGGUUUUACUGCAUUAAGGAAAAAUAAAGUUUGGAAGGAAGACGUAUGGGUCAUAUCUAAACCUGUCUUAUCCCAAUUCCCAUAUUUUAGGCUUACAGGGAAGCCAUGGAAAGGGGAAAUUGUUGGUGUUGAGAACUGGGCCAAAGAAGAGCCCCCAAACAACCCAAAACAAUUAGUCACUAUUAAUAAACCUUGGAACUAAAAA